AUGUCUGCUUCUUCAUCAUCUUCUCUCAAAAUUGAACACCUCCUUGGAUUGCUUACUAUUCGUCUUACUGAUGAUAAUUUUCUUAAGUGGAAUUAUCAAAUUGAGUCGGUUCUGGAAGGUUACGAUCUCUUUGGCCAUUUUGAUGGCUCUGCUCUUCCUCCGCCCAAAUUUGCGAUUGUUGAUGAAGAGGGAGUGACAUCGGAAGUCACUGCUGCUUAUAAGGAUUGGAUGCGCACUAAUAAAGCUCUUCUCAGUCUUCUCAUUGCUUCUCUCUCUGACGAAGCAAUUGAGUAUGUUAUUGGCUGUAAGACUGCCAGGGAUGCUUGGCUUAGUCUCACCGAUCGUUAUGCGUCGGUUUCUCGUGCCAGAAUCAAUCAUUUGAAAACUGAAUUUCAGACUGUGCAAAAAGGUGGAGAUUCCGUUGAUCGAUUUCUUCUUUGUCUCAAACAUCUGCGUGAUCAGUUACAUGUUGCUGGUACUAAGAUUUCUGAUGAUGAUUUUAUCAUUGCUGCAUUAAAUGGUCUACCACCUGAAUACGACAUCAUCAAGACGAUCUUGAUUGCUCGUGAUACGCCAAUCUCGUUGAAAGAUUUUCGUGCUCAGUUACUGGCUGCUGAGCAAACUGCUGAGGCUCGACUUACCUCUCAUUCUGCUUUGUUUGUGCCUCAUACAUCUUCUGGCUAUGGGGUUCAGGGAGCUCACAGUGGUUCAUCGUCUGUCUCUCUGUCUUCAGGACAAGGUUUGCUUCCUACCCCGCCUUCUCAUGACCGGGUCCUUACAGGUAAUGCAUCUUCUAGACCUCCUUCGCUGUCUUUUGGUCCUCGUCCUAUUUCUCAUACUGGUUUUGGUCGAGGCAAGUUCAAUGGUGGACGGAAUUUUAGUUCUCCAACUCGUCCAAAUUUCAGAGGCAUUACUCCUGAUUAUCGAGGCCACAACACAUUUUCUGGUUCCAAGUUUGUUCCUGAAUGUCAGAUUUGUAAUAAAAGGGGUCAUACGGCUGUUAAUUGUUUCUUUAGGCAUGCCAAUUCUCAAUCUUCAGUUUCUACAGUGCCUGAGUGCCAAAUCUGUGGCAAGCGUGGGCAUGUUGCUUUGGAUUGUUAUCACAGGUCGAAUUACUCAUUUCAAGGUCAAGCUCCUCCUUCUUCCUUAACUGCUAUGACAGCACAGACUUCUUAUUCUCCUGAACAAGUCUGGAUUGCUGAUAGUGGAGCCACACAUCAUAUGGUGGGUGAUGUGUCUCAGUUGCAAAAUGUGACUCCAUGUGUUACUGAGGAAAAUGUCACAGUUGGAAAUGGGGAAGGUCUGAAUAUACUUCAUAUCGGCACUUCUAAUAUUCCUGGUGCUACAUCUAGGCUUACAAUGCCCUCUGUUUUUCAUGUUCGCUUCUCAAGGGAAAGAGUGAUCAUGAGGUUAGGAUAUACCACUAAUGAGGUUACAAAGAAAAUGUUGCAAGCUUCUACUAUUUCUGCUUCUGAUGAUCUUUCUUCAGCUAUCUGUUCAGCAUGUUUACAAGGCAAAAUGCAUAGGUUGUCUUUUCCUACUAGUCAUUCUAGAGCCACUAUGCCAUUUCAAUGUAUCCAUAGUGAUGUAUGGGGUCCCUCUGCUGUAAAAUCCAUUGAUGGCUAUAGAUAUUAUGUCAAUUUUGUUGAUGAAUGUACUAGUUUUAUGUGGCUAUAUCCCAUUUUUAAUAAAUCAGAUGUUUUUGGAGUUUUCAAGAAGUUUUAUGCUAUGCUCACAAAUCAGUAUGAUGCUAAAGUUAAGACAUUUCAAACUGAUGGAAGGGGUGAGUUUACUAGCACAUUGUUCACUGCCUUUCUUGAUUCUAAAGGCAUUGCUCAUCACUUGUCUUGCCCUCACACUCCUCAGCAGAAUGGGUUGGCUGAAAGAAAGAAUCGCCAUUUAUCUAAUAAAUAG